AUGGAGCCCACCGAGAAGCAGCAUCUGGUGGACGCCAGGCCCGGAGUCCGGUCUUACACGGGAUCUCUGUGGCAGGAGGGGACUGGCUGGGUCCCUCUGCCCCCAUCUGGCCUGGACUUGCAGGCCAUUGAGUUAGUCACUGAGAGUAAUCAUUACUGUCAUGCCCAGAAGGGUCCUGGCAGUCACUUGGACCCCAAGAAGGAGCGGGCCCGGCGACAGCUUUAUGUGGCCUCUGCCAUCUGCCUGGUGUUCAUGAUUGGGGAAGUCGUUGGUGGGUACCUAGCUCACAGCUUGGCAGUGAUGACGGACGCAGCUCACUUGCUCACUGACUUUGCCAGCAUGCUCGUUAGCCUCUUCUCCCUCUGGAUGUCCUCUCGACCAGCCACCAAGACUAUGAACUUCGGCUGGCAGCGAGCUGAGAUCCUGGGAGCCCUGCUCUCUGUACUGUCCAUCUGGGUCGUGACUGGAGUGCUGGUGUUCCUGGCGGUGGAGCGGCUAAUCUCUGGGGACUAUGAGAUCGAAGGGGGGACCAUGCUGAUCACGUCGGGCUGUGCUGUGGCCGUGAAUAUCAUAAUGGGGUUGACUCUUCACCAGUCUGGCCACGGGCACAGCCACGACAGCAGCCAGCCGCAGGAGAACCCCAGUGUCCGAGCUGCCUUUAUCCACGUGAUUGGGGACUUUCUACAGAGCAUAGGCAUCUUGGUGGCAGCCUAUGUUUUAUACUUCAAGCCAGAGUACAAGUAUGUAGACCCCAUCUGCACCUUCCUCUUCUCCAUCCUGGUCUUGGGGACAACCUUGACCAUCCUGAGAGAUGUGAUCGUGGUGCUGAUGGAAGGGACCCCCAAGGGUGUGGACUUCACGGCUGUACGGGAUCUGCUGCUGUCGGUGGAAGGGGUGGAAGCCUUGCACAGCCUGCACAUUUGGGCCCUGACCGUGGCCCAGCCCGUGCUGUCUGUCCACAUCGCCAUCGCUCAGAAUGCAGAUGGCCAGGCUGUGCUGAAGGCAGCCAGCACCCGCCUGCAGGGCAAGUUCCACUUCCACACCAUGACCAUCCAGAUCGAAGACUACUCUGAGGACAUGAAGGACUGUCAGGCGUGCCAAGGCCCCUCCGACUGACUGCCUGGCCAGGUGCCAGCUGAGGCAUAGACGGGACCAGCAGCUGGUGGGGCUGAGUGCCUCCAGGCCCCGCCAGGACUCGGGCUCCCCUGGCCGUGUUAUAAAGCGGGUCCCUCUCCUGACGUCUGCUCUGUGUUCAGUGUGAAGGAGCUCUCCCCUGCCUCCCCCAUCUGACUAGAUAGCCAGUUUAAGGAUGGAGACUCAGCAGGUGUAAGGGUAGUGUGAUCCCGCUCCUCCAGCUUCUGGGCUGGUACCUGGCGGGACUGGGUUUGGGCCUAAUCCUCAGCUAACACUUUCCUACCACCAGCCUCCGAAAAGGCAGGGAGGCACAGUGAGGGGUGACAGAGGGAAGACUGGCUCCAACAUCCCCUUGCUCACUUGCCUUAUUCCUCAUUUCAGUCUGUCUGGCCUUUGCUUUAUGAAUCUAUGAAGAAGCCCCUUCUCCCUCUGCCCCUAACAACAUGGUGUAAGGAGGCCUUGGGGCUUGGGAGUUGUGAGGACCCUGCACUCUCCGACCUGUCCCUCUGAGGUGGGAAGCCAGCGGGCCCCUGAGGCCUGUCUGUGCCUUAGUCACUUCAGGUCUGAGCCACAUGUUUCCCUUUCCUGGAGCGGGGAGGCUUCUG